AUGGCUUACAACAAGGGGGUGCAUAGCAGCGGUGGAGGGAGUAACAGAGGGAGGCCUUAUGCGUUGAUAUUGCUUAUCACAUUUGGGGUUGCAGUGCUUGGGGUUAUGGUGCUUCACAAGCUCAGAGAGAAGCGCAUCUAUACCCUUCUAGUCAAAGAGAAAGAUCAUCAGAUUCUUUCUCUUCAGCUUCUCUUGCAGGUCACUAACUCUUCUCAGUUUUUCUCCUCCAUCAACCCCUUACCCCCUCUCUCUUGGCUUCUCUUUCUUUUACGUGUUAUUCUGUCAUCACGACACAAGGAAAGAGAUCGCAGCAAGGAGUUGAGAGAGAAGAACGAAGAGAUGAAGGGGAAGAUAUACGCCUUGAGAAGUCAGAAGAUGGAGCUGUCAAGAACAGUUGUGGAGAUGCAAUCCACCCUGGAUUCACUGAAAGAUGAGCAGAAACUGAUGGAAUCAGCAUUUGAGGAACAGCAGAAUGAGCUAAGAUUGAUGCAAGAAAAGGGGAGCAAUGUGGGACAGGGAGGCUCUGAGAUAGUAGCAUUAAGAGAGGAUCUUAAGCACAAGGAAGCAGAGAUAGAAGACUUGAAGCACCGUCUUGAAAGCUCAGUUAAUAAUCAUCCAACCACCUUUCCUGAAAUAGUGACGGCAAAUGGAACAAUGGCAGGACAAGAUGAAUCUGAGAAGGAGGAAAAUUCCAGUGAAUUUGCCAAACAUGAGGGUGAUGACAAUGAGAAUGCAAGUAAAAGAGAAUUAACCAAGUCCAAAGAUGGGGAUGUUGCAACUGAUAUAAGAGAUGAAACUCGGACUGAUGGGGAGUUUGGAAAGGCAAAUGAAGACCAACAAAGUAAUGGUGGUGGCGCGGCAAAAGAUAUUAAUGAUGCUGAAGUGCGAUACGAGAGGGAGAAGAAAGCAAUGAGAGAAGAACAAGCAGAGAAUAAUGCAGACAGUAGUGGUCAGGUGAAACAGUUGGCUGGGAUGAAGAGGAAACAUAACCAUACAAGAAGGACAAAGGCUAAGCAUUUGAGAACGAGUAAAUUAACGGAGAACGGGGCUGCUGAUAAUCACAUGGGCGAUAAGAAGGUUUACAAAGAUGAGGUGAAAGGGAGAAGAAUUGGGAAGGUCUCUUAUGAGGAAACUUUUACGAGAGAAGACGAGGGAAGAAACAAAAAUAGCCCAAAAGACAAGUCACGUACCAAAUUGUUAAAGCUUGAAAAUAAGGAAGAUGGCAUUGUUACGAAGGUGAAUAAUACAAAACAUGAUGUCACAGUUAGUACUACUAAUCAUAGACGGGAUGAGACAAGGCAUAUCAACAAAGCUGACAAGAAUGCAGAACAAACAGAAACUGGAAUGUUAUUUGAAGGGAAUGGGGAAUUAGAAGCAGUUUUGGUUGCACAAAAUCAGAAUAAAGAUGGGAUUGAUAGUGGUCAUAAAGAUGGGAUUGAUAAUGGUCAUAAAGAUGAGAUAGAUAACGGUCAUGAUGAAAUUGAUAAUGGUAAUGAGGACGAUAAUGAUGAUGAAAUUUUCAAAAAAUCUCAUUCUGAAUCUCAAGACGAAGAUACAGAUGAAUGA